UUAUAUUUCUUUUAAUUUUUAUGCGCAUAACAUUUUUCCUUUUUAGUCCAAGAACGUCAACACCUAGACCUAUCAGAAUGUGCGAAGCAAUUUUUCUUCCCAGUUAUUGUCUUUGUAAUGCUUGUCUUAAAUUUGUUAAUUAUGCCUUCUUUUUCUGGCUUCCGUUUUAUUUGACUUUUAAAUAUCAAUGGAAUGAAGCAGAAGCAAAUCAACUUUCUAUUUGGUAUGAUAUUGGAGGAAUUUUUGGUUCUAUACUUGGUGGAAUGGCUUCUGAUCGACUUAAACAUAGAAGUCCUGUUUUGGUUUCUAUGUUAAUCUGUUCUGUUCCAUUACUUUUCUUAUAUGCUAGUCUAGGUCCAAACACAUUCUUUCAUAUUAUUGGAAUGUCUUUGCUUGGUUUUACAAUUUCCGGGCCUUAUAAUUUAAUUGUUAGUACAAUAUCUGUUGAUCUUGGUUCUCAAUCUUCUCUUGCUGGAAAUGCUGAAGCAAUGUCUACCGUGACUGGUUUAAUCGAUGGGACAGGUUCGGCUGGUUCAGCUUUUGGACAAUUAUUUAUUCCAUUGAUACAAAAUAAUUUUGGUUGGAAUUGGGUUUUCUACCUUUUUGUUUUAAUGAAUAUUCUCUCUGUUUUAUGCCUUAUGAGAAGAUUCCUUCACGAUUUAAAGCUGAUUUGGUUAAGCAAAGAAAGUGCAAGGGAACAUAGACGAGAAAAUGAGCCAUUAUUGGGUACAAAUUAAAUAAAAGAAAAUUUUUUGGGUAAUUAUAUUGUUUAUAUUAAUUGUUUUCUUCCCUUCAUUUCUUUGAUCCUUUGUCGACUAUGCCUCUUUUUUCCUUCCUUCCCAUAUAUUUAGAAGUCCGAAUUUAUUGAGUUAAGAAUAUCGAAAUCGUUCUCUCAGUUGCUUAUUGUCACAUUUCAAUCACCUUUAUCAUUCAUUUGUAUAUAAUUAAUCCUUUUGAUAAGCGAAAUAGAGGGAAGAAAAGGAAGCCAUAGUCGCUAAAUGUUUGGGGGAAAUGAAGGGAUGAAAAUUGACUUGAUUUGACAUCAAAGAAUAGUUUAUUAUUUAAUAAUGGGUAGAAAAAGCUGUUUUUGGAAAAUAUUAUU